AUGCCUCAACCUCAACCCCGUCGCUUCGCCCAAAUCGUCCACCUCAAGCCCCUAGCUGUUGCAGCAUACAAGGAGUGCCAUGCCAAUGUUUGGCCUGAGAUCCUUCAAAAGAUCAAGGAAUGCAACAUUGUAGACUACUCAAUCUACUUCGACAACGAUCGGACUCUAUUUGCGACUUUCAAGUACGUCGGAACAGAUAUCGAAGCUGAUAUGGAGAACAUGCGGUCAUUGCCGAAGAUGAGAGAGUGGUGGGCUAUGACCGAUGGGAUGCAGGAGAGUCCCAUUCCCGGAGCCGUGAGUAGUGCGGAGGGUCCAGGGUGGUGGAAGCCCUUGGAUGAGGUGUUUCACACGGACUAA